GGCGACGCCAGGCCCGGUCCGGUCCGGUCAAGCUUCCCCUUUGACUGGCACAGCGGCCAUGGACAGCGUCGGCAACCACUCCACCGCCUCAGUGCUGGCCGAGCUCCAGUGGGACGAUGGCUACGCCGUCCCUGUGGCCAACGCGGAAAACAAGGAGCUGGAGGACCAACUGCAGAAGAUGCAAAAAGAAAAACUAAACCUGCAAAAUGAGCUGACUGACUUUGAAGAGCGUAUAAAAGCAAUGACAUCCCAUUUGAAAAACGUCAGACAGGAGUUCAGCUUCACGCAGUCUCUUUACAAAGCCAGAGAGAAUGAAAUUGAAACUGAAAAACACUUCAAAGCCAUUGCUGAGAGAGAACAUGGACGUCUCAAAAGUGACAUUAGAAGACUGGAAGAUGAGAUAGUUUCCUUAAGAGAAAAGAAAAACAGUCAAGAAAAUACUAUAAAUAAAACCACAAAGAAGCUGGAAAGCUUAAAAGAACAGAUGAACUGUGAUGAGGAAGUUCUGGAGAGCUGGAUAAAGGAAACCAAACGUAAAGACAAUGAUACUAUCACAAUCCAGAAGUAUGCACUGCAAGAUGAAGGGAAACUGGGAGCAUUAACUCUUCAAGUAGAAAAGUUGGCCAUGCAAGCAAAUCAGAAGCGCAGAGCCCUUGAUAAUGAGCUUACAGAAACCAUAACAGCUCAGAUAGAGCUUGACAAGACAGCUGAAGAUUUUCGCAGAGUUCAUCAGGAAAGGCAGGAAGUCAUCAGGCAGUGGGAGAAUGCAAUACAGCAGAUGCAAAAAAGAGAUCAACAGAUUGAUCAUUGUGCUUUGCUAAUAGCAGAGAUAAAGCAGGAGAUCAGAAAUAAAGAAAUUGUGCUGAAAGAGAAGACUUCCUUUUUGGUAAAUGAAACUCUUAAUAAUAUGGAAUAUGAAAAGAAAAUUUCUUCGGCUGACCGGGAAGCUGCCAGCCUCCGAAAUGAGUAUCAGUAUCAGGAUACUUGCAGAGUGCAGCUGCAGGAUGAGCUGGAUGCUUUGAAAUCCGCUGUGGACAGAACUGCUUCUGAUCUAGAGUCUUUGAGAACACAAAUAACCAAUCUGAAGAAAGAAAUUCUGAAAAAACAAGCCAGAUUAAGCUUUCUCAAAGAAAAAAAUGCAAGUCUUUCCAAUAAACUGAAGCUUGUGACUGAGGAGACACUCAGUUCAGAAGACAAAUCUUUGAGGAUGGAAGAAAUACUAAAGGAAGAAGAAAAAAUUGUCCAGGAAAAAGAAGCAGAAAUCAACCAGUUAAAAGAAUUAUUUUUCAAGAAAAGUCAGGAACUAAAGCUGCAGAAGGAUAAGGAGAAGUGUGUUCUUGCAGAAAUUGAGGGAAGUCGAAAAUCACUUAAAAGUCUUAAGAAUCGACUGCAGAGAUUCAAUGCAGAUGCAUUAAAACAACAAGAAUUAAUAUAUAACCAGGAUUUUUAUAUUCAGCAAAUACAGAGGCGGCUGUCACGGUUGGAAGGGGAGGUUAAUGAAGAUGAAAAACAAGUUUUGGAAGCAAAAAUUGCUGAACUUAAGAAAACCCUAGAAGAAAAGCAAAAUACAUAUGAUGUUUUAAAAGGACAGCACAGGAAACUUCAGAAUGAUGUCCAUUUGAUCAAGAGAGCAAUGGAAAAGACAGGAGAAGAAACAGAUGGCAUGCUGAUCAAGAUAAAUGAACUAAAUAUUUUCAAUGAGAGAUCAGAUCAGGAGUUAAAAAAAGCUAAAGCCACUAAGCAGGAGAUGAUGGUCGAAGAUAAUCUCUUAAAACUAGAGUUGAAUCGUCUUCAAGAUAUUCUAUGUAAUAAGACAGAGAAAGUUCUAACACUGGAAAAACAAAAACUGGAGUUGAAGAGAGCCAUAGCACAAAGGACUGAGGAAAUCAGGAUACAUAAGGCAAUGCUGGAUUCCCAGAUAAGACUUGUGGAUCAGGAACGGCAACGCAUAAGUGCUGAAUUUCAAGAUCGCCUAAGUAAAAUUGAUAAACUGAGGUGCAGAUAUGAACUUCUUACUUACAUGAUGAUGCCACCUGAAGGAGAAGAGGAAAAAACUCAAAUCUACUACAUAAUUAAGGCUGCACAGGAAAAGGAAGCACUUAAACGUGAAGGUGAUGAUUUAGAUGCGAAGAUCUGCAAAGCUGAAAAAGAAAUUGUAGCUCUGGAAAACACUUUGUGCAUAGUUAAUAACUGCAACACCAAUUACCGAAACUCUUUCAAGGAAGUCACUGAGACAAGUGAGGAAUAUGAGGAAAAACUGAAAUUAGAGGGGGAGAAAAGAGCUGCUGAUGAAAAAUACAGAUACAAGAGAAGACAGAUCAAGGAACUGCAGGAAAAUCUCCAGAGCAUGGAAAAAAAUUUUGAUAUGGUACUGAAGCAGAAGGCCCUCUUCCAAGAGCAAAACAAGGAAAAACAAGCUCUUAUUUUGCAGCUGAACAAAGACAUUGAAGAGCAGAAGCCAAAACUAGAAAGGGUUUUAAAACAGUGUUCCAGACUUUCCAAAGAAAUUCGGGCUCUGAGGCAAACUCAAACAGCAACACAAGAAGAAAGAGACAUUGAUCUACGUGAACUGAAAAGCUUCAACAGGACCAUUGACAAAUUGUUAGCUCAUGUUCUAGAAGCAAAUCCUGAUUUAACUACACCCUUUCAAAUAUACUUUGACCAGUCUAAUUUAGAGCUUCCUACAAGUGCUUCUGCUGGUGAUAGUCAAAGUUCUCGAUCACCAUCCAUACACUCACUAGCUUCUACCAGAUCUUCCAGAAGCACAAGUUCAGGCUCUAGUCAGUCAACUUCUUCACCCAAAGUCAUCGAUCUGAACCUGCCUUUCAGCACUCCUGCAGAAGCAGCUGCUGUUAGUUCUGAGCCAUCCAGCAGAGCUAGCACCUCUGGUAUUGGUAAAAACAAGAAAUAG